AUGCGUCGACAAGGACAGUCGGGUGAUGUGGAGGAAGAGUCGUGCAGCGAGGAUGAUGGGAGUUUCGAUUUGGUGGAAGGGAUUGGUGAAGUGGAUGAGGAGGGACGGGAUGAUCGCGAUACUGUGACAUAUGGUGGGGAGCUGAUCGAGGUGUUUGGUAGGGAUCCAGGAACCGCUGGUGAUGUUGGUCUUGGUGAACGCACAACCACGAACCUAGACUUACCCACUCAAACAGAAAAUUAUGGGGCAACACAGAUAGACAUCACACAAGAGAGUCAGGCGGGACGAGUGUCUUAUACUUCGGUGGCCGAGCGGGUGGAAGGGCUGAGGACUGCAGAGGACGUGGUUGCAGGGCGUAUACGGUGGAUGCAGGGAUUACUCCUGCAGCGUGAUGUGGCAAGACAGGCAGGAGAGGAACGUGCAACAACUGAAGGCGGGUGUGGGAGGGCAGCAGGGGAUGGGAGGGCUGCAGGGGAUGACAAGGCAUCAGGGGAGCGGAGGACAUGCGGGGUUGCGAGGGCAGCAGGGGAUGGGAGGGCUGCAGGGGAUGGGAAGGCUGCAGGGGAUGGGAGGGCAGCAGGGGGGGGGGGAGGACAGGCGGGUGUGGGAGGGCAGCAUGGGAUGGGAGGGCUGCAGGGGAUGACAAGGCAGCAGGGGAGUGGAGGACAUGCGGGGUUGCGAGGGCUGCAGGGGAUGGGAGGGCUGCAGGGGAUGGGAAGGCUGCAGGGGAUGGGAGGGCAGCAAGGGAUGGCCAGGCAGAACGGGAUGACAGGGCAGCAGGGGAGCGGAGGACAGGCGGGGUUGGGAGGGCAGCAGGGACUGGGUGGGCAGCAGGGAAUGGCCAGGCAGCACGGGAUGACAGGGCAUCAGGGGAGCGAAGGACAGGCGGGGUUGCGAGGGCAGCAGGGUAUGGGAGGGCUGCAGGAUACGAGUGGCCAACUUGGGUCCCAAGAAGAAUUACAAGGGCAAAAUGGGUACGUUCAACCCCUUAACCAACGAUGGGGACGCGUGGGAAUGCCAAUGCACGGGAAUGUUGCAGGCCUGACGCAACGUUGGAGCCAUGUGGGCAUGCCAUUGCAACAGGAGGUUGAGGGGUCCGUGCCUGGUAUGCACAAAAGGACGCCGUGCCAACAGGGGGACGAGAACAGUUAUAGCUCUUUCCAGUACGAACUUGUGGGCUAUGCAUAA